AUGGUGUCUCCUUACAGCGUGUUGCGCUUGCAGGUGGGCUGUAGCGAAGAAGAGCUGCGCGUGGCCUACAAGAAGCGCGCGCUGGAGACGCAUCCCGACAAGGGCGGCUCCGUCGAGGAGUUCCGCGCCGUGAAGACGGCCUAUGAGGCGCUCUCGAAGACCGUGUCCUCGAGUCCGGUCUCGGCGACAUCCAGGUCGACGUCGAACUCUCAAAGCUCUGCAGACUCCUUCUUCACACCCUUCACGCGCCCCUUCCCCGACGCCUUCGCGCGGCCCUUUACCGCCGCGCGCGACGGCGAGACGCGCCCCCUCCGGGUGAAGCGGAAGCGCACCAUCGAGGAGACCAUCGAGAUGGCCUUCGCCGGGAUCCCGCGGAGGGCCGCGCCGAAGCCGCAGGCGCCCGCGCCGAAGCCGAAGCCGAAGGUCGCCGCGCCGCCGAAGGUCGCGCCGCCCGCAGAGCCCAGCCCGCGGGCGCCAGUCCAGAACAGCCCGCAGGAUCCGGAGGCGGCGCAGCUGUGGAGCCAACUGCUGCACCUGACGCCGGAGAAGCGGGCGCUGGCGAUCACCGCGCUGCCGCCCAAGAGCAAGGAGCGGCUGACGGCGCAUCUGAAGCGGCAGAAGCUGGCGCGCGGUCUGAGUGCAGAGACCAGCAGCAGCUCCAGCGGAACCUCCGAGUCGGAGUCGGAGACAGCGUCCGACUCGGACUCCGAGGCAGACGCUGCCGCCACCGUCUCCGCCGCCGUGGAAACCCCGCGGCCGUCGACGGUGGCGCUGACGGCAUCCGAGCUGGAGGGCCUGGAGCAGCAGCUGCGGGCGAUGGAGAAGACGGAGAGAAGGAGCUUCCUCUGCCGCUUGACGAAGGAGACUCGGGUCUCCUUGGAGCAGUUCGUUCGCUCGAAGCAACGACCGAAGCGACCUGCUUGA